GCAGAUGGCAACAUACCCUAUCAUUGGCUGCAACUUUCUAAUGUAAACUGCAGGAACGGAGUCUGAGAGAGAUCGAGAGAGAGGCAGAGCGAUACCAAAAGAGAGACAAGAGGUGUCUGCAGACAGAAGUAAAACGACAGAACCGUCUUACUGAACAACUCACAAUUCUAAGUGUUAGAUAUUCUGCCUGCCUUUUUACUCAAGAACCCUUGAAAGGAGUCUAUCUUCCGUGAGCUAGAGGAAAGAUUCAGGUUUAGAAAGAGACUGGCAGCCAUGCAGCACUAUGGGGUCAAUGGUUAUUCCCUUCAUGCCAUGAACUCUCUGAGUGCAAUGUAUAACCUCCACCAGCAGGCAGCACAACAAGCACAGCAUGCUCCUGACUACAGACCAUCUGUCCAUGCACUGACUCUGGCAGAGAGGCUGGCUGAUAUUAUCCUCGAGGCAAGGUACGGCUCCCAGCACCGUAAGCAGCGUCGCAGUCGGACGGCCUUCACUGCCCAGCAACUGGAGGCGCUGGAGAAGACCUUCCAGAAAACCCACUAUCCGGACGUGGUGAUGAGGGAGCGGUUGGCCAUGUGCACCAACCUGCCCGAAGCGAGAGUGCAGGUGUGGUUUAAAAACAGGCGUGCCAAAUUUCGAAAGAAGCAACGCAGUCUGCAGAAGGAGCAGCUGCAAAAACAGAAAGAGGCCGAGCUGAGCCAGGAUGGAACAAAAUCCGAGAAACCAGCUACAGAGACUCAGAGCUGCUCAGAAGUCAGCGAGCCACACAGUGCUAGCGGCGAGCCGAUUAACAUCGAGCUAAAUGUCACCUCGGCCGAGCAGUCAGACAGUGAAUCAUCGGCAGAGGAGCAAAUGGAAAGAGACCGAGAGUUUAAAUCCCCGACAGAGGAACUCAAGCAAGACAAGGGCUGCAGUCCCGAGAGCAAGGCAACGGCCUGUAAACGGGGGAGCCCCAAAUCAGAUUCACCAAUCAACACGACAGGGACGUCCGCGUCCAGCAGUGGAGGUAACGUGGUACAGACCCACUCAUACUCCUCAUCUCCCCUGAGCUUGUUCCGACUGCAAGAGCAGUUCCGUCAGCACAUGGCAGCGACCAACAACCUUGUUCAUUACUCCUCCUUUGACAUGGGGAGCCCACCGGCCAUGCCCUACCUGGGCAUGAAUAUGAACGUCGCCCCCAUCAGCUCUCUCCACUGCCAGUCCUACUACCAGUCGCUGUCGCACGCCCAGCAAGUGUGGUCUAGUCCGAUUCUGCAGGCAUCGAGCGCUCUGCCCAAUCUCAACAGCAAAACCACAAGCAUUGAAAACCUCCGGCUUCGAGCUAAGCAGCACGCAGCCUCUCUGGGGCUUGACAGCUUACCGAACUGACAAUAGAACGAGAAAUAUAUAUACUUCGGAAUGAAGACUUAACCACAACGCAAGAUAUAAUUGAAUCUAAGACUAGCUAGAUGUUGCUAGCUCUGGCAAGAUGCUUUAAAAGCACAUGCAAAAGAGAAACUUAAUUGCAUAUCAAUUUCCUAUAAUCAGUAGGAAUUAUCAAAUAACUGUACGGGAAAGCUAAAACCAACGUUCUUCUGAAAAAGAUCCCAUUAGCCCAGCUUCAAGUUAAAAAUAACCCAUUACCAAUCAGUUACAAGUCGUACUUUUAAAUAUUCGGUACUUUGCAUUUAAAGACUGAGUGCCAGGCUAUAGUUAAAACAAUUAAACAAUGAGUUUUAAUAAGUGUCCUUUCAGAAGAAAAUUAAUAUCCUAACAGCCCGACUAAAUUAACUUAGCGCGCAGACAUUUGAAUUGGGAAGAUGGUGGAAAGAUCUCCUGAUGAAGUAAUCGGUAGCUGUUUACUAGAAGUAAAUCAACGGUAGGCAGGGGAAGCAAAAGGGAGUUAAGUACAACCAUGUGCAAGUUUUUGACUUUUACAAGGCACUGACAAUAAGACUUCUAAAAUUCCGCGUUAAAGUCAGUUUAAAAAUGUAGCCAAGUUUGAAAGACAGCACUUGGAAGGCGGUUGCCAGUGAUGCCUUUCCAGCCGCCCGUCAUCUCACCCCCUUCUUGCAUUGAUUACAGAAGCAAUCAGCAAACAGCAGAGGUUGGCUCUGCUCCAGUAGAGGUUGGGUUAUGGUUUAAGUUCAUCAGAAAAUUUAUUCUCGAACUUACUGACAAAACAAAACUAGAUCUGAAACCUGCUAACAUGUGUUAAAGUUUCAUAGUGAACUUCAUAGUUACGGCCACUGCAAGUAUUAAUUGUCUUUAAAAGCGGUAUAUAAGGUGUGCUCUAGGAGUAAGGUUACGACCUCUAACCAAACUGUAGACCACCAGAACGGCAAGCAGAGGUAGAAGAUCAACUGAUGUAAUUUAUGCACUAGAAAGGAAGGCCGAUUUCAAAUAACAAAUUCUUUAGCUUUCUCGGUCAGUGUAAACUACAAAUCGUUCCUGAUUUUAAAAAAAUCUCCUGCAUUCCGACAUGUCAUGUUUAAAUGUUCAAAGUCAAGCUCUUUACCACAUAAAACAAGUCACCGUUAAUUGUGACUGCAUUCUGCUGUUUCUGGAUCAAAGUCUAUAUUAACAGCACGAACGGAAACCUGACAAUUAUUGCGAGACAGGUGGGGAACACUUUGUGCACAUUUAUAAAGCGAAAAGAGAUGAUUGCAAUCACCUGCUUAAAUAACGUAUUUGAAAACUGUGGUGUCAUUGAAUCAAUAUCACACCCCAGGUUAUCGUAUAACUUUCCAAAAGAGCAUUCCCCUUCUUUAACAGCGGAGCCUUGCUGUGACAAUGGAUCUUGCAACGCACUAUUCCACAAAUUUAAACCGAGGUAGUGAAAUGCCGCUAUUGAAUCGCGGCUUAACCAUUUGGAUCUAUUAAGAUAUAAGUUUCUUGAUAGCAAUAUAAAAGCACGUGCAGUGGGAACAUGCAUUGCAACAGAUUGUCGCUGGCACCUCAGAAUCCCUCCACACUGCAGUGUUUUUUGGAGCUGGGUGGUAGGAGCGGUCAAUGAGACAUUCCUGGCUCCCCCCUGGGAAAGAGAACACAACCCUCUCUUCCUAGUCUAUAAAACACAGUUUUCUCACAUAGAUUUAGGCCAAGGUAGGAGAUUGUGGCAAAGGUUUCAGACUGAACUGGAAGCCUAAGGCCAGAGUGACAAUUUCCAAACCUUAACCUUGGCUGGCUAGGAGCACAAGGAUUAAAGUUUAAAAUCUGAGAAAGGGUUGCCUUGGGCAUCAGUAUAGGCCAGAGAAUGCAGGGGUGAUGGGUGAAUGAGAUGGUGCCAGUUAGAAUGUGGGGAUGUGUAUUGAGAGUGGAAGAUGAGAUGCCAGCCAGGAUACUUUGGAGUAACUGAGUCAGGAAAUAUUAAACACAUGAAUGAGUGUUUCAGCACCAUUUGCAGACAUUCAAAUAACAGAGGUAGCAUUAGAUGGUCUCGGUGAAGGAAAAAUGAAAUUGGAAGUCACCUCUGUAUUAAAAUGGAGAUUUGCUAAUUGAUUUGGUGUGAGACAGUGGUCAAGGAGGGUGUGGAAUGGAAAAAGGUCUAUUGUUAUCUUGCCCAUUUGCUACCGUAACCAUCAGAGAUUAGUUUCCUGUGUAAAAUUUAAGAAUCGUGAGUCCAGAUGUGAUUACUAAAACACCUAUAAUUUGGCGCAACGUGGCAGAUCCACUUUACAGAUGGUUUGGGAUUGAGGUGGAUAUGGCUGUUAAUAACAAAUGAUUUAUUUUCUCUCCUGGUAAGUCACUUUGAUCAGAAGUAUUGUUUAUGCUUUCAGAUAACUGUUAAUGGAUCUGUAAUUGCAAUUUCAAUAUGAAAUGAUAGAAUGUUUUCACAUAAGCUCGGUAUCAAUAACUAUAAAUUGAAGAUCCUUUGAUUUUCACCAGGAGCAAAACAAAUUAGGUAAUACAUGCAAAGUCACUGGUAAAAAUAGUUCUUGUCGUAACAUUAUGCUUAAAAUCAAUGUAUCAAAAUCAAGGUUCUCACAGUUACUUAUAUAUCACAGAAAAGUUUUAGUGGCAUCACCAAAUUUGCAGGUUAUACCAACAAAAAUUUUCUAAUUAUUCUGCCCCAUAAAGAUAUCUUUAAUUGGUUUUAUCAUCUUCUGCAGCUUCCCUUUGCCCAUUAUGUCAUUCUCUGGCCGAAAGUGCUGGUAUUACUCAAAAUGCCCACUCUGUAGUUUAUAACAACUCACUUCUUUACUGUCGUGCCUCUUUCCCUGUCAUGACAAUAUGAUGACGAUCCAUAAUCCUGUACAUGAGAGAAGCCUAAGGUUCAGCUCCAUAUUUACAACAGCAAGGCUCCGUGCACAGUGAUGUCAAAAUGCAACACUAUCAGCAUCAGCAAUUUUACUUUUGAUUUUCAGUUUCCAUUUGCAGUUUUUAUUAAUUAAAAUCUACAUAUACCAUU